AAUGGGGAUGUGAUGACCUCACCUUAUACUACACUAGACCAGAUGAACAAAAUCGACCAUUUGCUGCGUUAAUGCACAAAACCUGUCAGAGUGUUCUGUCAGAUGUUGUUCUGCAUGAAGAGAAAGAUGAAAGAUUUAUUGUUGAUGUAAGUGCAACUAAAGACAGGGAAUUUAUAACAAUCAACUGCAACUCAAGGUCCACAUCUGAGGUGAUGACUGUACCAAUGAGCAAUCCAGGAAGGGAAAAUUGGCAAACAUUUAUUGAAGACAAAGCAGAGAAUUUCCUAGAUGACAUGGAUAUCUUUCAGAACUACUGUGUGGUUUAUGAAAGAUGUAAAACAAUUCCUCAGCUCCAUGUUGUACCACUAGAUAUGCCUCAAGAUCAAUACAUAGUGCAGGUAUUUUACAGCAUACUUAAUUUCUUCUGUGGCUCUUUCUUUGUCACUUCUCCCUUGAAAUCUUGUAGGUCAUCACUUGAUAAACAUGUGUUAUCCUUACCUCUUUACUUCCCUCAGGUUGAAAAACAUAGCUUCUCUGUUUUGCCAUCUUUUGACAGUUCAGACUUUUGCUGCACCCGGCUUGAAAUACAAAGUAAAGAUGGAACUCACAUACCUGUCACUUUAUUUCAUCGCAAAGAUCUGAAAAAGGAAGGAAGCAAUCCCUUACUUCUACACGUUUAUGGCUCAUAUGGUAUCAAUGUCAACAUGGGUUUUGAUGUGGAAAGGAUCAGUUUGUUAAAGCGGGGCUGGUGUCUUGCCUUUUGCCAUGUCAGAGGUGGUGGUGAACUUGGACGGGAGUGGUACUUAGAUGGAAAGUUACAGAAUAAACAUAAAGGCUUUGAGGAUUUUGAAGCUUGUGCAAAAGCAUUGCAUAAUCUGGGGUAUUCCAACCCACAGUUGACAGCAGCACGUGGAACAAGUGCUGGAGGAUUGAUAGUGGGGGCGGUCUGUAACAGAUCACCUGAGUUAUUUAAGGCUGUUAUUCUCAAGGUUCCAUUUUUAGACAUUUUGAUGUCAAUGUUAGACCCUUCUCUUCCGCUGACAGUUCAGGAAUAUGAGGAGUGGGGUGAGCCAGGGUCCAAUGAAAGUGACUUUCAUUACAUCAAAUCGUACUGUCCAUAUCAGAACAUAAGAGAUCAGCUGUACCCCUCAGUGAUGGUGACCACUGCAAUGAAUGAUGAUCGUGUGCCAUACUGGCUGCCCCUGAAGUGGGUUGCUCGACUGAGAGAUCAGUUGUCGUACCACGCCCAGGGAGAAAAGCCGCUUGUUGUGUGUUGUGUUGAAUAUUAUGGAGGACACUCGGAAACAGAAGGAGUGUACCACAGAAUUGAAAAGGCUGCAAAAGAGUAUGCUUUCCUUUUCAAGGCAUUAGGGCUACCCCUGGAGUAAAGGGGAAUCUGUCAGAUAGUGUGAAGAAAACAAUGUGUACUUCGUUCUGUGGAUAAUACCAGCAUUCGGUCAAGAUGGGGAAAGGGCUGUGGAGUUUUCCGUGUUAGAAAGUUGUGAAUGAAAUAUGAAAGGAGCAAUUCUUUAAUGAAUUUUUUUCUCUAAUAAAAGCUUCAUACACUACUCAA